AUGGCGCUAUGGCAGUCCAUGGCGCUAUGGCAGUCCAUGGCGCUAUGGCAGUCCAUGGCGCUAUGGCAGUCCAUGGCGCUAUGGCAGUCCAUGGCGCUAUGGCAGUCCAUGGCGCUAUGGCAGUCCAUGGCGCUAUGGCAGUCCAUGGCGCUAUGGCAGUCCAUGGCGCUAUGGCAGUCCAUGGCGCUAUGGCAGUCCAAGAGCAAGGAGGCAAGGGGAGCGCACGCAACGGGAGCGCGCCUGCAGGAGAGCAGGCUAUCUCACUCAAUUCACACCACUCACUCCCUCGCACUCGUGCCUUGCACUGCUUCCUUCCGUUUUUCCUUGCUUACAUGCAUGCCGUUUUUCCGUUCUGUCACUUGCGUACGCCGUGCUAAUCGCCUUCCCUCUCACCUCCCUUCUCUGCUCCGUCCACUUGUUUCCCUCUUCUCCUCUCCCCCUGCCAGCAUCCCUCUUCUCCUCUCCCCCUGCCAGCAUCCCUCUUCUCCUCUCCCCCUGCCAGCAUCCCUCUUCUCCUCUCCCCCUGCCAGCAUCCCUCUUCUCCUCUCCCCCUGCCAGCAUCCCUCUUCUCCUCUCCCCCUGCCAGCAUCCCUCUUCUCCUCUCCCCCUGCCAGCAUCCCUCUUCUCCUCUCCCCCUGCCAGCAUCCCUCUUCUCCUCUCCCCCUGCCAGCAUCCCUCUUCUCCUCUCCCCCUGCCAGCAUCCCUCUUCUCCUCUCCCCCUGCCAGCAUCCCUCUUCUCCUCUCCCCCUGCCAGCAUCCCUCUUCUCCUCUCCCCCUGCCAGCAUCCCUCUUCUCCUCUCCCCCUGCCAGCAUCCCUCUUCUCCUCUCCCCCUGCCAGCAUCCCUCUUCUCCUCUCCCCCUGCCAGCAUCCCUCUUCUCCUCUCCCCCUGCCAGCAUCCCUCUUCUCCUCUCCCCCUGCCAGCAUCCCUCUUCUCCUCUCCCCCUGCCAGCAUCCCUCUUCUCCUCUCCCCCUGCCAGCAUCCCUCUUCUCCUCUCCCCCUGCCAGCAUCCCUCUUCUCCUCUCCCCCUGCCAGCAUCCCUCUUCUCCUCUCCCCCUGCCAGCAUCCCUCUUCUCCUCUCCCCCUGCCAGCAUCCCUCUUCUCCUCUCCCCCUGCCAGCAUCCCUCUUCUCCUCUCCCCCUGCCAGCAUCCCUCUUCUCCUCUCCCCCUGCCAGCAUCCCUCUUCUCCUCUCCCCCUGCCAGCAUCCCUCUUCUCCUCUCCCCCUGCCAGCAUCCCUCUUCUCCUCUCCCCCUGCCAGCAUCCCUCUUCUCCUCUCCCCCUGCCAGCAUCCCUCUUCUCCUCUCCCCCUGCCAGCAUCCCUCUUCUCCUCUCCCCCUGCCAGCAUCCCUCUUCUCCUCUCCCCCUGCCAGCAUCCCUCUUCUCCUCUCCCCCUGCCAGCAUCCCUCUUCUCCUCUCCCCCUGCCAGCAUCCCUCUUCUCCUCUCCCCCUGCCAGCAUCCCUCUUCUCCUCUCCCCCUGCCAGCAUCCCUCUUCUCCUCUCCCCCUGCCAGCAUCCCUCUUCUCCUCUCCCCCUGCCAGCAUCCCUCUUCUCCUCUCCCCCUGCCAGCAUCCCUCUUCUCCUCUCCCCCUGCCAGCAUCCCUCUUCUCCUCUCCCCCUGCCAGCAUCCCUCUUCUCCUCUCCCCCUGCCAGCAUCCCUCUUCUCCUCUCCCCCUGCCAGCAUCCCUCUUCUCCUCUCCCCCUGCCAGCAUCCCUCUUCUCCUCUCCCCCUGCCAGCAUCCCUCUUCUCCUCUCCCCCUGCCAGCAUCCCUCUUCUCCUCUCCCCCUGCCAGCAUCCCUCUUCUCCUCUCCCCCUGCCAGCAUCCCUCUUCCUGCCAUCCCUCUGCCAGCACACCCACAGGCCGGCAGCAGCAACGAGCAGUGCAAGCAGUGUGGCGAGUGAAGAGGCGAGUGGUGGGAUGA